UAGGCUUUUGCAUCUACUGAAGGCAGAAGCUAGAGAAAGAAAGAGAAGAGAGGGAUGGCAGCUCUUGUUCAGAUACAAGAGACUCCAACAUGGAAGAAGCUCUUAGGUUAUGUAGGUCCUGGAUUUCUAGUUUCUGUGGCUUACCUCGACCCUGGAAACUUGCAGACGGAUUUACAAGCCGGAGCUGACCACAAAUUUGAGCUCUUGUGGAUCGUUCUUGUUGGGCUGACCUUCGCCUUGAUGAUUCAAUCUCGCUCAGCAAACCUAGGAGUUGUCACAGGGAAACAUUUAUCUGAGCACUGUAAGGCUGAAUACCCAAAGAAGGUGAAUUACUGCCUCUGGAUCCUCGCCGAGAUUGCGAUCAUCACCUCUGACAUCCCUGAAGUGAUAGGCACAGCCUUUGCUCUAAACCUACUUCUCAAAGUGCCCAUCUGGGCUGGGGUGCUCCUUGCCGGACUAAGCACUCUUCUUCUCCUAGGCCUACAAAAAUAUGGUAUAAGGAAGCUGGAAAUGGCAAUAGGUGUUCUCUUAAUGGUGGUGGGAACUUGUUUCCUGGGAGUGAUGGUACAUGCCAAGCCCGAUGCAGGAGAGAUCGCCAUUGGUAUGUUUGUCCCCAAAUUGAAGGGUCAUAAAGCCACCCGAGAUGCAGUUGCGCUGUUGGGAGCUCUCAUCAUGCCGCAUAAUCUCUUUCUUCAUUCGGCCUUAGUAAUCUCAAGGAAAGUCCCUCAUUCCUUCCACGGCAUCAAUAGUGCUUGCAAGCACUUCUUGAUAGAAAGUGGGGUAGCCUUGUUCGUCGCAUUUCUGAUCAAUGUGGCCGUAGUCUCAGCCAGUGGUAGCGUCUGUUCAGAUCCUGAACUGUCUUUCAAUAACAAAGCCCACUGCAAUAACAUUACCCUCGAUUCCGCAGCUUUCUUGUUCAAGAAUGCACUUGGGAAUUGGGCUUCAAAACUAUACGCCCUGUCAUUGCUUGCUUCAGGUCAGAGUUCCACCGUCACAGGAACCUAUGCGGGCCAGUAUGUUAUGGAGGGAUUUUUGGAUCUAAAGAUGGAGCUUUGGUUAAGAAACCUGCUUACUCGAUGUAUUGCAAUUGUGCCAAGCCUAGUAGUUUCCAUUGUUGGUGGCUCUUCUGGAGCAGGGACGCUAAUUAUCUUUGCUUCGUUGAUCUUAUCAUUUGAGUUACCCUUUGCUUUGAUUCCACUCCUUCGGUUCACUAGCAGCAAAACCAAGAUGGGUCACCACAAGAGCUCUCUCAUGGUAACAGUAGCUUCAUGGCUCUUAGGGGUGUGUUCGAUUGGGAUCAACCUAUACUUCUUAGGUGCAAGUGUGAUGGGUUGGAUGACAAGCAAGCAAAUGAACAAUGUGGGUUCCUUCUUCACAGGAGUUCUGAUAUUCCCUAUAAUGAUGGCUUAUAUGGCAUUGUUGGCCUACUUGACAUUAAGAAGGGAGACUGCUCCGGCAGAGUCUCCACGAUGGGCGACAUACACAGUUGGGACUAAUGAAAUUGAAAUACAGAGUGGAAGCAGCCCCAAAAUGGUUGAGGAAGUGGAGGUGGAUGAUAUUGUUUCUACAUAAAAGUCAUAAACCAUUACCUAGGUUGUUCAUCCAAAUGGAAGAAGAGGUCGGUCAUGCUCUUCUGGGUUUCAUUUCCUUACAUUUAUUCCUUUUUUAGGAUUCCCUUUCCAUUGUAAUUAUUUGGUUUUCAUGAAGUGGAGUUUCUCUAUCCAA